AUGAGCACGUCCACAGAUAGAAUGACGUUACAACCACACGUUGGCAGCAUGGAAACAACUAAAUUCAUCCUCCCUGACAACGGGACACAGGAUCAAGUCGUCCGUAUUCCAUGGAUCAUGAGCCUUUUCAUCUUCUUCUAUUCCCUCAUCUUCCUCCUGGGUCUUACAGGCAACUGUCUAGUAGCGUUCGUGGUAAUGAGAAACAAAGCCAUGCAGACAAUCACCAACAUUUUCAUCACGAAUUUGGCCAUCUCGGACAUUUUAAUGUGCUUGCUUGCUGUUCCUUUUACGCCAAUUUCCUACUUCCUCAACUCAUGGAUCUUCGGCAAAGUUCUAUGUCAUAUAGUCCCUAUGAUUCUGUGUAUAUCUGUCUACGUCUCCACACUGACCUCGACGGCUAUUGCUGUCGACAGAUAUUUCGUCAUCGUCUAUCCCUUCAAGCCGCGAAUGAAAGUCUACAUGUGUGUGCUCAUGAUCUUCGCUGUAUGGGUCAUCUCGGUGUCCAUCUCUCUACCACUGGGAAUCUACCAUGAGGUAGAAAAUACCAAUAAUUCCUACAUGUGUUCGGAGAAAUGGCCCAAACCUCAAGCUCGGCAGUUCUUCACAGUAACCAGCCUUGUGCUUCAGUACAUUGUGCCUUGCAGCAUCAUCACGUUCUGCUACACCAUGGUAUCCAUGGCACUGAAGAAACGCUCUAAAGUCAAGAUUGGCACCGGAGUCAGAACUAGGGAAAGGGAGGAAAUGGAAAUCAAGAGAAAGAAGCGGACUAACAAUAUGUUGAUUGCUAUGGUUGUCAUUUUCGUGUUGUGCUGGAUGCCUCUGAAUAUGGUUCAUCUUUGGAGAGACGCUGACAAGUCAAUGGAAGGCUGGUACUACUUUACCCUGAUAUUCUUUGUGGCGCAUGUCAUCGCUAUGAGCUCAACUAUCUACAACCCAUUUCUCUACGCGUGGAUGAACGAUAACUUCAAGAAGGAAUUUCGACAGGUGCUGCCUUGCCUCUUCUUUGGUCGAGGUAGCGACAGCUAUGCGAACAGCUACACACAGUAUACCAACGUAGAGGUGCAACAACCUUCAGUUAUUGCCAACAGAUCGCCGAUGAAGAACGGAAACGACAACGCCUUGAUGAUGAAAGAUAUAAAGGCAUACUACGAUACGGACUCAGAAAAAAUACGACUCAAUGUGGUCUCUAACAACAGCGCAUCAGAGAAUCAUGUAGAAUCACAACAUCUUAACGGAGAACCGGAGAAAAUAAAAAAUUUAGACCAUAGCAAGGAGACUUUUGUAGACGAGACGGCUACGUGA